AUGUCUGAAAGAAAAGUGUUAAACAAAUACUAUCCUCCGGAUUUCGAUCCAUCGAAGAUCCCACGUAUGAAAUUGGCUAAAAAUCGUCAAUACACUGUACGGUUGAUGGCUCCAUUCAAUAUGCGAUGUGCUACAUGUGGGGAAUAUAUCUAUAAAGGGAAGAAAUUUAACGCCCGUAAAGAAGACGUAGAAAAUGAAGAUUACUUAGGCAUAAGAAUAUACAGAUUUUACAUAAAAUGCACAAGGUGCUUACAGGAGAUAUCAUUUAAGACCGACCCAAAAAACACUGAUUAUGAAAUAGAAGCUGGUGCUACACGGAACUUUAUGGCUUUAAAACUGGCUGAGGAACAAGCUAAACGCGAAGAAGAGGAACAGAAAGAAGAAGAAGCUAAUAACCCUAUGAAACUUUUAGAAUACAGAACAGAGCAGUCCAGACAAGAGAUAGAACUUUUGGAGAGUCUUGAAGACUUGAAAGAGUUAAAUAGACGGCAACAAUCAGUUGACUACGAAGGCAUGCUAAAGCAGUACCAAUCAGAAACAGCAGAGGAACGAAAAGCAAGGGAAGAGAAAGAAGACAAUGAAUUCAUUAAAUCGGUGAAAUUCAAUAACACAAGUAAACACAAAGUGGUAGCCGAAGAGAUCAUCGAGGAGGUGCAAGAUGAUUGCGGUCCAGCGGCGAAGAGCGUCAAGGUGGAAGUGCCGCCUAAAAAGCCGGGCGGCGAUGUCAAGAAAAGCGAGACCUGGAACAGAAGUAUCGGCGUGAUGGCGAACAAGUCCACGCUGGCGAAUCUCGUUAAGAAGAAAACUGAAUCGGUUCUCGAUAGUGUUGACAAUCGAGAAAAAGUCUCGAACGAGAAAGCCGAGCAGAGGACUUCUGAUAUUUCAUCAGCCGAAGUGCAAAGCAGUGGAGAAUCAAUACAGACUGUUAACGCCAGCGGCGGGCUCUCUCUAUUGGCAAACUACUCGGGCAGUGAUAGUGACUCUCAG